AUGUACUUCAAUGACUAAAGCAGAUAGAUGAUCUGUUGAAUGCUGCAUGAAGCAUUCAUUCAUCUGGCAAACAUGAAGUCAAAGGUUUUCUGUCUGCUGUCGCUCUGUUUCUUAAUUAAUCCCUCUGAUCUUCAUCCACUCAUCCGCCCAAGAAAUGGACUUCGUGAAUGUCGCAAAAACUCAACUUUGACAGCAUUGGAGGUUCUACCAGGUGGCGGUUGGGAUAACCUGCGUAACAUAGACAUGGGACGAGUGAUGAAUCUGAGCUAUUCCCAGUGCCAGACCACUGAAGAUGGUAUUUAUUUCAUUCCUGAUGAAGUCUUCGUCAUUCCACAGAAAAUAAGCGGAGUGGAAACAAACUCUGAGAUCAUCACGUCAUGGCUGGACCAGAAAAGCUCAACUUCGAGCUCUAUAAAUGCAGACAUUUCUUACCUUCCGGUGGUCAAUGCAAAAUUCUCUACAGAAAACCAGCGUAUGAAAACCCAUCAAGUGAAAGGCAAUUCAGUAACCGCUCGGGUUCAAGUGCGUAACCAUCUGUAUACAGUAAAAGCGUAUCCUGAUUUCACACUGGACUCUCGAUUUGCUCAUCAGGCAGAGGAAAUUGCAGACGCUGUUGAGAACAACCAAACACGUCAAGCAACUUACCUGUCAGAGAAACUUAUUCUUGACUAUGGUACUCAUGUUAUCACAAGUGUUGAUGCCGGUGCCACUUUAGUGCAGGAGGACUAUCUAAAAAUGUCCUAUGUCUCUAACAGUCAGUCAGACACAUCUUCUAUCUCUGCAUCAGCAGGCUUUAACUUCUUUGACAAAGUAAAAUUUGAUAUUGGUGGCAAGGAUACUCAAGGAAGCUCUGAAACAAGCGGUUAUCAGGGUAACAUCACAUAUUCUUUAAUUCAGAGUCAUGGAGGGGCUUUAUUUUACCCAGGCAUCACUCUACAGAAGUGGCAGGAGAGUACGCUCAAUAAUCUGGUGGCUAUUGAUCGCUCUGGAGUGCCACUGCACUAUUUUCUCAAUCCAUCAACAUUUCCAGACCUUCCAGUGCCGACAGUAAACAAAAUUGCUUUAUCAGUCAAAAAGGCUGCAGAACGCUACUAUAAGGUCAACACAAUUCCAGGGUGUGUAAAUCCAGAUUCUAAAAAUUUCAACUUUCAGGCAAAUGUGGAUGAUGCUUCUUGUGAGGGUCCGGUCACUAAUCUUAGCUUUGGUGGUGUUUACCAAGCAUGCACUUCGUUAAGCCAAGAUGGAAAUGUCAUCUGUGAUGAGUUAGCACAGAAGAAUCCAGCCACUGGUGAUUUUUCAUGUCCUCAGCUGUAUACUGCCACCCUAUUACGGUCGGAGACAAUAGAAAGAGGUUAUAAUAAGUAUGAGUGCCACGGGUACUGUCAUUCAUGUGGUUUCUUAUGGCUGUCUACUUGUUGUGGCCAAACGUGUGGUGAUUCUUACUAUGUCCGUCGUGCAAAAAUGGACACAUAUUGGUGUUCCACAACUCAGAAAACUCCUCAGUACUCUGGGUAUCUUUUCGGAGGUCUGUUUGGAUCAUCUUUACAAAACCCAAUUACUAAAUCUCAUGGUUGUCCACCGAAUUUCUUUGCCCAGAGAUUUUUGUCUAAUGGCAUGAUGGUUUGUCUGAGCAACGAUUACGAGAUGGGAACCAGAUUUUCUGUACCUUUUGGUGGUUUCUUUAGCUGUCAGUCUGGCAAUGCUCUUGCACAGGGACAGUCUCGCUGUCCACCUCAGUUCAGCCAACAUUUAGCUGCUAUUAGUGAUGGCUGUCAGGUGUUGUUUUGCGUCCAGUCAGGUGUGUUCACUGGUGGUCAGUUAAAGCCUGUUCGCCUGCCACCGUUCUCAAGACCACCACUGAUCAGCAUGAUUGCUACAAACACUGUAGCUGUAAUGACAGAAGGCGAUCGGUCCUGGGUGAGAGUUGAAGGAACUAAGAUGUGGCGACUGGCAAAGGCCAAUGAAAUUCAUCAAAUGGCACCAAUGUUUGAAAAAUCUCACAUGUCUGGAGGAGAAAAGGCUGGUGUAGCUAUUGGUGCGAUUGUUUUAAUUGCUCUUGUGGUGGUAGGGACAGUGUUUGUUGUGAAAAGGAGAAGGAGAUUUUCUGGUCUCAGUGUAGGCAGAGGAUAUGAAGAGCUUCAUGGUGAGGGUCAAAGUGAGAGUGUUGUAGAGAUCCAAAGAGAGCCACAGAAUGAGAAUGUCAAUGAAAACCCCACUCAACCUCUAUUGGCACAAUGAUCUCUUUAAAAUAGCAGCAAAGCAAGCUUGGCAUUUGUUGGCAUUAGCAGUGUACUAUAAACAUAAUUUUGCACAUUUCUUUUACAACUGACAAAUUAUAUAACGUCCUAUCAAUGUAAAUAAAAAAAUGAAAUUGAGAAUUCUUAAAGGGACACUUCACCCAUUUGCUUUAAGCUUUUUAUAGUUAGAACCCCAGUCAUGUUUUUGAAUGGUCGUGCAUCAUUUCCUCAGUUGCCAGUGAGACAGGAGAAAUACAGAUUUCAGUGUUGCACUUCCUUCUUUCAAUGAUGUAAAAAUCAUCAUUUUGACUUCAAAUAUGACACACUUUCAAUAAAGAUGAAUGUUUCUACGGGUAAAAUGCUCCUUUAAGGAAGUUUUAAAGUAAAGGUGUCAAAUCUUUUAAUUAUUUUAGUUAAUCUAUUUUAUUAACAUACUGUUGAAAUAAUGCUAUUUAAUAUAAGUAGCUUUCAAGGGGGAAAGGAAAAAACUGAAAUGCAGAAUUAACUUCUGUAUACAAAAUGCUUUAAAUGUAUUUACUGUUAAAUAAAUGUCUUAUCUGUCUCAA